GAGUUUGACAUUUAACGUCAAAGUCGAAAAACAUUGACGCGUUGGCUUAAAUUUAGUUUCACAAUCCUGUUUUCGAAAAACUCACGUAGAAACAUUUAUGUUAUCGUUAAAUUUAAUCGAUAAGCCGCCUAUCGACUAUUCGUCCACGUAGUGUUAAUACCAGCCAGUAAUAUGUUGAGGUUAUUACUUGUUGCUGCAUUCGUGCAGUGUUCAUUAUCACAACAAUAUCAACAGAAAGUCGCCCCUGGAGUUCCUCCACAGAAUUAUCAGAACUACCAGCCACCACCUCCUCCUCCACCACAGCAACAAUACCAACAACAGCCACCACAGCAACAAUUCCAACAACCACAACAGAUGCAACAACAACAUUAUCAGCAACAAGUUCCGGUGCAACAAAUACCUGUUCAAGUCUCACCGCAACAAGGACAUGCUCACCACGGUGAUCCUCAACUUUUAAAUCCGGCUAACAUAGCUCAGGAAAGAGACCAUAUUAAAGAGCAUAUGGAUGUACCAAUUGAUACAUCAAAAAUGUCCGAACAAGAAUUACAGUUUCAUUAUUUCAAAAUGCAUGACGCUGAUAAUAAUGAUAAACUUGAUGGAUGUGAGCUGAUCAAAUCAUUAAUACAUUGGCAUGGUCAAGUUGAUAAAAAUCACGAAGUAUAUUCAGAUGAGCAAUUGGAACAGCUUUUGGAACAUGUUUUGAAACAUACAGACCUGAAUAAUGAUGGAUAUAUCAGUUAUUUAGAGUAUAGAGUUAGUAAUUACAAGGGACAAGUUGCAAGAAAUAAAUAAAGAACAAAUUUUCAUUGCCGAAAUAGCUUAUAAAAAACACAUGUCAAAAUAUAUAGAUUUUAAAACUUAUUUUGUUGAUUGUCCAAUGUGUAAAGUCGCCGACUGAAAUCUCCGGGUUUCGAAUACUUUGUUGUAUUGUGUACGAAGGGCCCAACCCUUUUGAG